AUGCCGCGGGGGCAGAAGACGGCCAUCAGAGUCCUCUUUGCCAGCGGUAUCGUUUGCAUCUUCAUUGCGACACUACGUGCUGCUCAAAUUACCGCGAACACUAUCAAGACCCACGCAACCAUGGAUGCUAUAAUAAUCGGUGUCUGCCCCUCUUUCGCCAUUAUCAUCCGCGCAACCCGCAAAAAUAACAAGAACCCCUCAAACGAUGGAGGAGUCUUCAGCUUCCAUCUCCCCACAAUCGGCAGUGCCCCGACACGCCCCAAACCGAAGAAGGACCCAAACACACAUGGCAGUCAGAACGAACUUGCGACGAAACCGGAUAGCGCGUCUAUUACCACAACAGUACAUCAGGACAACGAGAGCUUUGGGGUAGCGAGGCAGUAG